GGUAGGGGUUACGGUUGUCAUUGUUGGGAUUAGGACUUUUCCUUUAGAUAUGAAUAGACAGUCCCCACAAAGAUAUGAAUACAAACGUGUGUGUGUGUGUGAGAGAGAGAGAGAGAGAGAGAGAGAGAUUCAGCAUGUUGAAAGCUUUUCAUUCACCCCUUGACACAGGAAAGGGGCGUGGGUCACCAGCAGGGGGAGGUUUAAAAGGAUGGCCUGCAUGCGGUGGGGGCGGACACGGGGACGAGUCUCUGAGAGAUGGUGCACGCAGGCGUGAACGGCCGAAGACUCCCACCUGUCGCCAUGGCAACUCUGUUCCAGAACCUUCUCUUGCUGCUGCUGGGGCACUACCUCAGCGUGACGGUCGCUGACUCCACGAAGGGCCGGUGUGAUAAGUUCUUAGUGUUGUCCUCCCAGCAUUGUGGUCGCUGUUUCCUCAAGGCCUCCAUCGUCUGUCCCUCAGGAUUAUCUCCAAGGGAGUCAGGGACUCCUGGUUGCAGUUACAAUUACAGGUCGCUGUUCAGUUCCUCCUUGCUGUCCCGUGACUGCACGUUCGAGUGCCAUACGGAGGUCAGGGUGUCGGAGUGCUGCCCGGGUUACUGGGGGAAUGACUGCCAGGCAUGCCCGGAAGUAGCUGACAGCCCUUGCAAUAACCAUGGUGUAUGUUCAGACGGCAUAACAGGAAAUGGUACCUGUACCUGCCAGCCUGGAUUUGUGGGGACGGCGUGUGAGGACUGUCAGGAGGGACGCUACGGGGCUACAUGCAGCUCUGUCUGUAGCUGUGUCCACGGUCUCUGCAACCACGGCAUCAAUGGCGAUGGAAAGUGCACCUGCUUCUCCGGGUACAAGGGCCCGAACUGCGAACAGGAGAUACCCGAGUGUGCGUCCUUGAGGUGCCCUCUGGGUGCCCGCUGUAUUGAGGAUGCCCACACGAGGACGCUGGCCUGCAAGUGCUUGCCGGGAUACCAAGGAGGAGGGACGCAGUGCACACCGAUUAAUCCCUGCCUCCAGAAAAUCUGUCAUCCACAUGCUGUCUGCAAUUUCCUGGGCCCAAACAAGCACUCGUGCACCUGUGCAGAUGGUUACCAAGGCGACGGCCAAGUCUGCCUACCUGUGGACCCGUGCCAGACCGGUUCCGGGGGCUGUUCAGAGCAAACCACCGUCUGCGUGUACGACGGUCCUGGGAAGUCUCACUGCGACUGCCUGGAGGGCUUCGAAAACCUGGUUCCGGGGACAGGCUGCAGUCUGAAGGACAUUUGUCAACCUUCCUCCUGUGACAAGAAUGCUGACUGCACCACGACGAAGCCUGGGGUGGUGGAGUGCACGUGCCGAGAGGGUUACCAGGGCGAUGGGAAGACCUGCUAUAGCAACAUCAUGCAGCAGCUACGGGAGCUAAACACAGAUCCCAGGGGGAUGUGGCAUGACCAGCUGACAAACGCUAUUACACUCUUCGAGUCGUCCAUGUCUUGGCCACUGUCCUCACUGGGUUCCUUCACCAUAUUUGUCCCCACAAACAAAGGCUUCAAAGGGACUUCGGUAAAGAACCUGGUGGCGGAUCGGGUGGCAGCUCGCUAUCGGGCCAAGCUGCACAUGGCGGCUGGAGAGCUGACCUACAACACCCUGAAGAAGGGCGACAUCUUCUAUACCCUGACGGGGAAAUCUGCAGAAAGCAUUGUCUCCGAUGAGGAUCAGUCAGUGAGGAUCCGUAUCCACGGAAGCCGGAAGAAAGGGGAUAUUCUGAAGUCAGACAUUCCAGCUUCCAAUGGAGUGAUUCACAUCAUCAAUAAACUCAUGGAAAGCGUCCCACCCACGGUCAAGAGCGAGAAGGAGGAGAACCUGAUGAAAAUUCUGACACAUUAUGGGAAGUUUGAGAAGUUUAGGAAUUUAUUAGAGAGAGCUGACAUGGCACACCUGCUGGACGCUCCUGGUCCGUACACCUUGUUUGCUCCCACCGGUGAGGCUCUUAACGCCAUGAAAGAAGGUCACCUUGACUUCCUCCUCACUGACCAGGGGAAGCCCAAAUUGCUGGAGCUGUUGAGGAACCACAUCGUCCCCUCUGUGGAACUGGAGGUAGCCAACAUCGUAUCCACUGCUCGCUCUGUGUCGAUGGCCAAUCAGGCACUGAACUUCAACGUCACCAGUAACGGGCAGAUCCUCGUGAACGGACAGGUGAUCCUUGAGGCAGACAUCGAAGCAAGAAAUGGCCGUCUUUACUCGAUAGACGGCGUUCUGAUCCCAUCCUCUAUUGAGCCUGUGUUGCCACACAGGUGUGACAUUAACACGUUCAGCGUUGUCAAGAGCUCCUGUACCAGAUGUUCGAGGAUUUUAACGGCCUCGUGUCCCUCCGGUGUUCAACUGAUGAAUACGCUGAUGAGGGGGUGUAUCUUCAGGGACACUAUUCUGAACAUCAGCAUCCCCACCAUGGGUUGCUCGAUUUUCUGCAACAAGACGGUGACCACAGAAGCAUGUUGUAAGGGCUUUUAUGGGCCAGACUGCAGACCCUGUCCUGGGGGAUUCAGCACGCCUUGCUCUGGCCACGGCACGUGCAUGGACGGAAUUGAUGGAAAUGGGACCUGCAUGUGUGAGGAGAACUUCAGGGGAUCGCGCUGCCAGUACUGCUCCAGACCGGACAGAUACGGACCUCUCUGUGACAAAGCCUGCUCCUGCAUCCACGGCCAAUGCGACAACAGCCGCGAGGGAGACGGCUCCUGUCGACCCAACACCUGCCUGCCAGGAUACACCGGAAAGUUCUGUGAGCGCCACAUCGAAGCUUGCGGCCCAACAGUGGACCGCUGUCACGCCCACGCCACCUGCAUCUAUAACGAGCCGGAGGUCAAGUGCGUGUGUAAAGCCGGCUACAAGGGGGACGGCAUAAUGUGUGUGGAGAUGGACCCUUGCAGCUCACCUUGGCGUGGGGGCUGUGGUGAAAAUGAAAAGUGUGUAAAAACUGGCCCAGGAAUUCACAAGUGCCAGUGCCUGGCGGGUUGGAAGAGAGACUUGGACGACGACGGGUGCCAGCCAAUCAACAGGUGUCUGGAGCCCAACAGGGGUGGUUGCCAUGCCAACGCCACCUGUAUCUAUGUGGGUCCCGGACAGAGUGACUGUGAGUGCAAGAGUGGUUUCCGUGGUAACGGAGAAGAGUGCGAACCUAUCAAUCAGUGCGUCAGGCAGAGUACAAGCUGCCAUUAUCUGGCCUCUUGCCGCUAUCUGAGUGCUGGCACCUGGAAGUGUGUGUGUGAGUCCGGCUAUGCUGGUGAUGGCCAGGUGUGCUACGGCACUGUCACACAGGAGCUGUCUGCUAUUACUGCGGCCAGCGAGUUCAGGAAUUGGGUUCAGGAGGCCGGCCUGGAUCGGAUGCUUUCUGAGACCCAGAACUUCACGUUGUUCAUUCCUUCUGUGAGUGCCAUGCAGAAGAUGACCAAGGAAGACAAGGACUUCUGGACAUCUCAGGCUAACCUGCCCAGCUUCAUCAAGUAUCACAUGGUACGUGGCAUCUACCAGUUGGCGGAUCUACAGAACAAGUCAUCUUCGCUGCAGUUGACCUCCUACCUGAAGGGGGAGCUCCUUGUUUCUGGGACCAACAAAACUGUAAUUGGGGGUGCAAGAUUUAUUGUACCCGAUAUUGCAGCUACUAAUGGACUCGUCCACAUCAUUGAUGCGGUCCUGAUUCCAGAUCGGAAACUCAGCAAAAGUCUCACUGAUCUGCUGGACCAGAGGCCUGAGUUCUCCUUGUUCAAACAGCAUCUCAUCCAAUAUAACCUGACAGAGAGGAUUGAAAAAUCCCCGGCCUACACGGUGUUCGUCCCCACGAACGACGCCAUCAGCGAGUACCUUAAGAAGUCUGGAUCUGUCUCUAUGGAUGUCAACAUGACCACGUACCACAUCAUCCUGUCCGAGAAACUGAUGAAAGGUGACCUGCAGGAUGGGGCCCACUGGGAGACCAUGCUGGGCUUUUCCUACGAAGUGGAGGUCUUCCUGAGAGGAGAUGGGAUAUUCGUCAACGACAUCCUGCUGAACGCUACAGAUGUAGAGGCGAGCAAAGGGGUGAUCCACGUACUGUCCUCUGUCCUAGAGGUUGUUAAAAACCAUUGCGACCAGAAAAAAACUUCAUUUACCUGGGGACCCUGUGUGGAUUGUUACAGCAAGAUGUUCUGUUCUUCUGGCACAGAGGAAGUGCAUAAGAGGAGUGUUUGCCCGUUCCACAAUGGAAAAUUCAUGUCCAUUGGCUGCAAGAUAAUGUGCAAGAAGACAGACACUAUCAGGCGGUGCUGCUCCGGGUUCUUCGGUAACCGGUGCGAGCGGUGUCCUGGCCCAGUGGGACAGCCCUGCUACGGGAACGGUGUGUGCUUCGACGGUACCAAUGGCACUGGGACGUGCCGCUGCAACAACGGAUUCAACGGCACAGCCUGUGAAACCUGCGUCCCCGGCAAAUUCGGAAUUCACUGCGAUCAAGUGUGUCAGUGUGUCCACGGGCAGUGCAGUGAUGGCCUGCAGGGCACCGGUGUGUGUGAGUGCGAAGUGGGCUGGCGAGGUGUGACCUGCGACACAGCGAUCACCCAGGAUUCCUGUAAUGGGCGGUGUCACACCAGCGCUAAUUGUGUGGUCCGACCUGACAGCUCUUCGGAAUGCAGGUGCGCCUUGGGAUUCCAGGGGAACGGGACGCACUGCUCAGUCGUGAACGCCUGUCUGGAAAACAACGGCGGCUGCUCCCCGCAGGCUCUGUGUAAGCAGGCUCAGCCAGGCAGGACGCAGUGUGUGUGUGGCACGGGCUACCUGGGGGACGGCUUGGUGUGCGUAGAAAUUAACCCUUGCCUGGACGGCAGUAAUGGAGGUUGUGAUGUGAACUCGGAGUGUGUGCACACGGGUCCCAACAAGACCAGCUGUAUUUGUAACCAGGGCUACUCGGGAAACGGAAAAAGCUGCAAACCCAUCAAUCCCUGUAAAACGAAUAAUGGCAACUGCCACUUCCAAGCUGUAUGUAUCAUGACCAGUCCAGGGGAGAGGAACUGCACCUGUAAAGAAGGCUUCAGGGGGAACGGGCUCACCUGCAAAGGCACCAUAUUGACCGAGAUACUUUUUAAUAAGAAUCUGAGACUCUUCUAUAUGUUGGUAUUUAUUGGGGACCUGAAGGGACCAGGUCCAUUCACGGUGUUCAUUCCCACUGAUGAUGCCUUCAAAAAGGAGGCUGAGGUGAAAGACUGGAUGGAGCGGAAAACGACAUCCUGGAUAAUGAAGAACCACAUCGUCGCGUGCCGUACCCUACUACCAGAGGAGCUCAGGACCCCCAAGAACGUUACCACGAUGACCGGGGAGGUUCUGAGGAUCACCCAGUCACAGGGUACCGUCUUCAUAAACAACAAUGCCAAAGUCGUGUCUUCCGAUGACAUGAGCAUGAACGGCAUCAUUCACAUGAUCGACACAGUCCUCAUGCCGACCAACAUGGUGCCUGUGGAACAGCGCAAUUCAGAGUUGACUUUGACUGAUGUGGCCAAAGACUUUGGGCACACGGCUUUCACUAAACUGCUGGAGGACACGAGAGUGCUGGACUUGAUGAACGACACCCUCCACCAGCCGGUUACCCUAUUCUGGCCCACGGAUCAGGCCAUGGCUGCCCUGCCGCAGGAGCAGAAGGACUUCCUGUACAACAUACAGAACCGAGACAAGCUGACAGAGUACCUGAAGUAUCACGUGGUCCGGGAUGCGAUGGUAAAAGCCAACGAGCUGUUGUACUCAUCUAGCAUGAAGACCCUGCAGGGCUCUGACCUCCAGGUGAACUGCAGAGGUGAAGACAACAUUGGCGAGCUCCACAUGAAUAACAGGGAGUGUCGGAUUGUGCAAAGGGACCUCGCCUUCAAGGGCGGGAUUGCCCAUGGCAUCGACUGUCUGCUCACUCCUCCGAGCCUAGGGGGGCGCUGUGAUUCCUUGGAAACCAUUGAGAUGAAAGGCAUAUGUCAGAGUUGCACCAGCAACCUCAAGAAAAGUUGCCCUUCAGGGAGUAAAUUUAAGGAAGUUAAGCGAUGCAAUCUGCUUUACGCAAAGAGCUGGAACUCAGGAUGCCAGGCAGACUGCAGCAUGGCCUUCUGGAAGGCAAAAUGCUGUCCCGGAUACUUUGGCCGGGAUUGCCUCGGCUGCCCAGGGGGACCAGAGUCUCCCUGCAUGAGCCAUGGGAAAUGUGACGAGGGGCAUCUGGGGAAUGGCACCUGCGCUUGUGACCCUGGCUUCCAGGGCACGGCCUGUGAGCUCUGUGCCCAGGGGCAUUAUGGGUCCAGCUGCCAAGUCUGUAACUGCACUGAGCACGGAUCAUGUGACGAGGGUGUGAGUGGCAGCGGCACCUGCUUCUGUGACCAGGGCUGGACUGGCCUGCACUGCGAGUCCCGGCUAGCUGUAGAACCCGUGUGUUCCCCGACAUGCUCCCCCAACGGCGUGUGCAAGGAGAACAACACCUGCGAGUGCAAGCCGUUCUACGAGGGAGACGGGGUGUCCUGCACAGUGAUUGACCUCUGUAAACAGCAGAAUGGAGGGUGCGCCAGGGGUGCUCAGUGUGCUCAGAAGGGCCUGAAGGUGACCUGCACCUGCCCCAGGGGUCACCAAGGUGACGGUUUUGUCUGCACCCCCAUCAACCUGUGCGCCAACGAUGACGGGGGCGGCUGUCAUGAGCACGCCACCUGCACCAUGACCGGCCCGGGAAAGAGGAAGUGUGAGUGUAAGAGUGACUACAUUGGAGAUGGAAUUGACUGUGAGGUCAGAGAGCUACCAAUCAACCGCUGUGCCCUGGACAAUGGACAGUGCCACAUGGAUGCCGUUUGCACCGACCUGCACCAUGAGGACAAGAAGGUGGGCGUGUUCCACCUGCGUUCCACCAAAGGGCAAUACAAGCUGACGUACGCAGAGGCCCAAGCCCUCUGCAAAGAAGACGGGGCCACCAUCGCUACAUACAACCAGCUCUCGUAUGCACAGGAGGCCGGUUUCAACUUUUGUGUGGCCAGCUGGCUAGACAAGGCUCGUGUGGCCUACCCCACCACGUUCCCCAACCCGAAGUGUGGCUUCGGCCAUGUGGGCAUCGUGGACUACGGCACUCGGACCAACUUGACUGAAACCUGGGAUGUGUUUUGUUACCGAAUGAAGGACGUCAGCUGUGCCUGCAAACCAGGCUACAUCGGUGAUGGCUACUCCUGCAGUGGAAACCUCUUGCAGGUGCUGGAAGCGGAACCAAUCUUCUCCAUCUUCUUGACCCAAAUCCUGAACUACUCAAGAAACUCUGAACUGGGGAAGGAAUUUAUCAUGCAUCUCAGCAACUUGACAAUUCAGUCCACUUUGUUCGUACCCGAAAAUGACGGCCUAGAGAACCAGACACUGUCACCCCGGGACAUAGAAUACCACCUCUCGGAUGGUACCACUCUCUACUUCCAGGACCUGACCAAUGGCAGCCAGAUCAGGACCAAGCUGGGUCCAAGUCUCAGGGUUCUGGGCAUCGCCAACUUCACAAACCCCAACGUAAUGACUAACAUGCGCUAUAUUAACGACCGAUUUAUCAGCGACUGGGACAUCCCGGCGUCAAAUGGGAUCAUCCAUGUCCUCCAAGGACCUCUGCGUGCCCCACCCCUGGAGACACAGCAGCUCCACGUGGGACAUCAAGCUGGCAUUGGCGUUGGGGUGCUGGUUAUGGUGCUGCUGACGGCGUUGCUUGGGUUCGUCGGGUACCGCUUCUACACCCAGCAGGUCAAGCCUUUCCAGUUCCACUACUUCAAGGAGGGUGAAGAAGAAGACACCACAAUGGUGGCCCCUAUUCCCAGCAUCUCCAACCCUGUGUACGAGUCGGCCUCAGAAUCCCAGCAGCCCCUGUAGGAUGAAGAUAAACAUCAAGUAGUGGAUAGCGGCCCAUAUGACCUGAUCCAAAACAGCUGAGAGUUUCAGUCUGAAGCCAUGACCUUCCCCAAAGUAUGAGCCCAACAUCCACGCACAAGAGGAACCCCAUGUACUUAUCUGAACCAACAAGGGGCAGUAUUGCUGCCCUUCUUCCAGAGGUAAAAAUUAUAUGGGGGAAAAAGCUGAUUUUCAAAACUAAUGAGCAAUGGAAAUGCAGAUCAAAGUUAAUCAGAAGCACAUGAUGGUCACGUUUUACCAAUGAAAAGGUCCGUUUUUGUGCUCUUUAGUAAAUGGUGCCAGUAUUUAGCAGAUUGUUUUUAAUGAUUCACAAAAGCUUGUUCGUUUACAAGAAAUAUGACGAUUUAAUUAAUACAAUUUUGGGGCAUAAAAUCAGAAAAUAUGAGAAUGAAUAAAUAUCACAAUAUUAAAAAGUACAUGUUGCACAUGACCAUGAAUACAGUAAAUGGAAGCAAUGAAAGCAAAUUUACCACCUGGCAAAAUAAAUGUAUAUACCAUGUCUCUA